GCGCGUGCCUUGAUCAUAUUGCUUUUCCUAAAUCCACGUCUAUCAUGAGACGAGAUUAAAAGAAGUUUUGUUUCACUUAAAAUAAGACUCCCAAAACAAAACACGCCCCAUUCUCUCUCUCUCUUACUGUUUGUCGUCCAUGUUCUACACAUAAGACACAAUUACACGUGCAAUUUCUUUAUUUGCUUAUACGGAUGUACUUGAAAAACUCUGAUCCUGGUCUUGUUCGCUUCUUUUUUUUUUUCUAUUAUAUCCUUCCACUUUAUAUUCGUACCACAGCCUCGUUGUCUCGUCUCUCUCUUCACAUUUCACAACCCAAUCGAUAUUCCCAAAAUCUGCAUCCCUUUUUUCUAUUUCUUUUUGUUUUCCCAGACGAUUUUCAUAUGGAAAAUGAUCCUUGGCUUCCGUACGUAAGUCCCAGGAAGAGAAUUACGCCACCGCCACCUCUCUUUCCUCUUCCAGAAAACGAUGAAGUCUCUCUCCCCGUCCCUUUAACCCCUUCAGAAUUAAAAGAUAGAAUCAUAUUUGGCCCGUCUCAUUCUUCUUCCUCUUCUCCAAUUGAAUCAUCUCCAAUCCUUGAUGCCUUAACUCCAUCCCUUCACUCAUCCAAACCGUCCUCUUCUUCUUCUUCUCAAGAAAACGUUAUAAAUCUUCAAGACCCGCUUUUGCAACAAAACCAACAAAAUUCACCCGGAACAUCUUCAUGGUUAAUAGACCCAAAUUUCACAUGGGAAAAAACCAAUCUUCACAGGUGCAAAACGGCACCUGCCAUGGCAGUUUUAAAUGAUUUCAUCCAUCCUUCAAUUCCCAAGCCUCAACUUGGUUCCCAAUCGAUUGUAAGACAAGCUUUUGUUCUUUUAGUGUUAUAUUUGUCUUUGGGUGUUGUUAUAUAUUGGUUUAAUCGUCAUAAAUUUGUGGGUCAUGAAACUCACCCUGUUGUUGAUGGACUGUAUUUUUGUGUUGUCACAAUGUGCACGAUUGGAUAUGGUGAUAUUACCCCUAAUAGCGUGGCUACCAAGUUGUUUUCAAUAUUAUUUGUGUUGGUUGGAUUUGGUUUUAUUGAUAUUUUGCUUAGUGGGAUGGUUAGUUAUGUACUUGAUUUGCAAGAGAAUUAUUUGUUGAGAACUGUUCAACAAGAGGUUCAAAAAAAGGACUCGGCGAGAUCUUAUAUAAUUGAUGUGAAAAAGGGGAGAAUGAGGAUAAGAAUGAAGGUGGGACUGGCAUUAGGAGUUGUGGUUCUUUGUAUUGGAAUUGGUGUUGGUGUUAUGCAUUUUGUUGAGAAUCUUGGGUGGUUGGAUGCUUUUUACCUUUCUGUUAUGUCGGUUACUACUGUUGGGUACGGUGAUGCGGCGUUUAUGACAUUGCCUGGUCGGGUUUUUGCUGCUAUUUGGUUGCUUGUUUCAACUCUGGCUGUUGCUCGAGCAUUUCUGUAUUUGGCUGAGGCUAGAGUGGAUAAGAGGCAUAGGAGGAUGGCAAAGUGGGUGCUUGGUCAGGACAUGACUAUCUCUGAGUUUCUUGCUGCUGACAUUGACAACAAUGGUUUUGUGAGCAAAUCAGAGUUUGUCAUAUACAAGCUCAAGGAGAUGGGAAAGGUAUCAGAAAAAGACAUUAUGCAGAUCAGUGAGAAGUUUGACAGGCUGGAUGCCGGCAAUUGCGGAAAGAUAACUCUUGUUGAGCUUAUGGAGAGUCAUCAUUAGUAUGCAAGUAACCUUGCUUAUAAUCUUCCUUACGACACAAUGAAGAUGGCAUAGAAAAUUAUAGACAACACCAAAUCAUCAAGUGGAGAAAUUGGCUGGUUUGCAUUCAA